GUGAAAUUGUUGCCCACCAGUAACAUGUACAUUAACAGACAGGCACUGAGGAAGGCGUGCCAUGCUGCCACAAAAAAGAAAGAUAACGCAGCUUUUCACUUAAUGUAUAAUUUAUUGGGCCAUGUCUUCUCUAUUGAGGAAAUGGCACAAUCCAGGGGCACUGGGUUGGGAAGGCCUAAGCCUGGGGAAGAGGACAAGCCAUUGCUUGAUGGCAAAAAACUUGCAACUUUAAAGGAGUAUGUCAAUUCCUGGUGCAAAAAAAAUGUUGGGUAUACAUUCCCAGAUUAGAAGUUAAAUUCUGCGGUAACAGAAAGGGCGGCAUAUGCCAGAAAACAGCUUCGAAAGUUUACUGUUUAGAGACAUGGUUAUUGAGACAAUGAUAGUUGUAGUGAAAUUAGUUGUAGUGAAAUUGUUUCUUUGUAUAUAUAUAAUUAACAGAUUAUUACUAUUUACUUCUUCUGCAAUUUUGU